ACAGCAGAAAGAAUUUACCGUUAGUCGAAAACUUUACUUUAAAUCGCGGGCACAUCUUCGAGCGACAACAAUGGCAUCAUGCUUGGUCCCCGACUUCCCGGCCGUCCUGGUUGUUUUGGAGCACAUAAAGGAGCUGGACAAGCAGCUGAAAGAAGAAGGAGUACCGUUUUCAGCUGAAGCCAGCCUCCAUCUGUCUGAAAUAGCUGCCGCUAUCAGUGCGUUGGAGGGCGACCGGCGAGCAGCCCAUGAGCAUUUAGAGGUGGAAACCAUAGAAAACAGCAAACUUAGGUACCAACUUAACAACACAAGUGAAAGAAUUCGCCAGGAAAUCAUGGCUGACGUAGCAGCAGCCCGGGCCACCAAUGAGGAGGAGAUCGAGCAGCUGCACCAAGACCUCAGCACAGUUUCUCAGCUACAAGAGGACACUGCCAAGAGAAAGGAAGCACUCCUGAGUGAAAAUGAAGCGCUGUACCUAGAGCGAGAGCAGGCAAAAACUGAACAUGAAGCGGUAAUAGCAUCUCUGAAUGAUCAGAUCACCUUGAAGUAUGGCCUGCAGGAUCAACUGGAUCAGACACAUGAGCUGAAUGAGGAGCUGAAGUCUACCAUAGUUGCAUUGAAACAGGACAAAAUAACAGUGCAGCAAAAUAUGGCGCUAGAGAGAGAGGCCUUCUCUGUAAAGAAAGACAGCCUUUUAAAAGAAGAAAAGGAUGCAGAAGAGAAAAUUAAACAGCAGAAGCAAGCAGUUAGUGUGCAUAUAAGGGAGUUAGACCGAGUUAAUGGUAAGAAAAUGGAAAACCAUGCUCUUCAUGGUGAACUCACAAUUGAAAUGGCCAAACUGGAGAGCAACAUACGAAGGCUGACUGAGUCUCGGUGCCAGUAUAUGAAACAGCUGGAGGAGGAGACCCAAAGACAUCAAGAAUUAAAGCAUGAGAGUGAAACACUCAAGAAAAAAUUAGGCGAGUUAAAGGAAGCCUUUAGUGUUACAGCCCAGCGUAACAAAGAGAAACUCACUAUAGUUGAAGGUAAACUAGAUGAAGGUCGUUCAUCAAGGUUGCUCCAUCAAGACUCACUGGCGCAAAUCAGGGAGCUAUACAAGCAUCAGGAGGAAGAAGAGAAUGAGGUCAGGAAGGAGUAUCUUCAUGUCACACAGCAGCUGGAGCGAUCCAAGCUGCAGCUGGAGGAGCGCAACGCCUCCAUCAUCAGACACAGCAAGGAGACCAAUAAGAUGGAGCAGCAGAUCAGAGAGCUCCAGGAAGAUUGUACUAUUAACAAACGUGUGUUUGAGAGAAAUCAAGAAGAGAUUUGUGGUAAUAAGGAUACGAAGAAGAAGAACAUCAGCCAUUUUGAGGAGGAGAAGAUGCGAAUAACAGAGCUACUGAAGGAGGCAAAGAGGAAGCAGGAAGAGCAUGUGCAAAAAAUGUCAAAUGACAUCAGCAGCACCAGGAGGAGAUACGAGGAGCUGUGUCAAGAAGAGGCAGCACUCCAUCAGCGUCAGCCCAAAAGCGUGGAUGCAGACUUGCUGAUCAGUUAUAUGGACCACUGUGAGAAGGAGUUCAAACAGGAAGAAAGCAAAAGACUGAAGGAAAUAGAGCAGUACAUGGCAGAGACUGAAAUGAUCGUCAAGACAAAUGAAGAGAAGCUAAGAGAGGUAGAGGAGAAAGAGGUGAAGCUCAAGGAGGUGGAAGAAAACUGCAGUCAAGAGAAAUCAAGGAACCAGCAGCUUGAAGCAUUGACACUUGAGCUCAGUAGGAAGAAGGAUCAUCUAGAACUUUCCAUUGAUGAGCUAAAGGAGAAAACCAGCUCUCUUCUUCAGUCCAAAGAGGAGAUGAAGGCUGAGCUGAAGGUGCUGCGAGCUAAUUACAUGGAUGUGCUCAACAAACAGGCCUCAGAGCUGAGAGCUGUAGAGAUUAGCAUCUAUAACAGUAAAGUGUACCUGGAGGAGGUGAACAUGGAGAACAGCAGGCUUCGUCUCGCAAUCGGACAGAAUACCGAGCGUCUUGGCAGAGCUAGUGAGGACACAGACCGGUACAGGCAGGAGACCCAGCAGUUCAAGAAGGAUACAUUGGCCCUGUAUGAGAAAUUACAGGAGGCUUUAAGGGAGGAUUUAUUAUUAAUUGAGGACAGUCAAUGCAGAGAUAGUGCUCUUUUAGAGCAAAUGUCUGCCUUGCUGGACAAGCUGAAGAGCAGGGGACAGCAGUUAGGGACGGUCUCCACACUUCUACACCAACAAAUGUUGAACUUCAGCAAACGACUGGGAGAUAAAGCAACUGAAGAGCAGCAGAAUUGAGAUGCAUCUUUUACUCUGGUUUACCACUCAGAGGUCUUCAGCCUGUAAUGUUUAUCGUAAAUCUUAUAAUAAA